CCUAUUCCGUGAAGUUCAAUCGACAUCUUUCAUCUUCUUCCGACCUCCGUUACACACAAUCCUCUGCAAUCAAUCGUCUGUUUAAUCUGAUUUUAAUGAUUUUCUUUCAUCUUCCACUAUUUCACAUUCUCUAUAUAUUGUUUCUACUUUUCUUGCUCCAAACCAAAGCCAAAGAACCUGCCCUAAGUAAGCUCAAGGCAUGGCGAUGAAACCAAACGGCAAGUCUCCUAUUUCCUCCGCUAAUGAUCACGAAGUUAUGUUUUUCAAAGAUAUCUCACUAGGUCCCAUGAAACCCAGUGACUCUACCGUCUGAUCCAUUUCUAGGAGGCUCGAAACCCAGUGAAAAAGGACCCUUAUUGGUCUUGAGAUGAUCCUCAUAGACGAUCAGGUUCGUGAAAUAUCCAGAAUUUACUUUCCCCUUAUUUUAUUUUAAACACCGUUGUCUGAAUAAGAACACUGUUGUCGUUAUUUGAUUUUUUAAAACAACUUGAGAUAAUGGAUGGUGUUAUAUUUCAUGCUAAAAAUGUUCGAAGAAGCUCUAGCGAUGGGCAUGUGAUGAUUCCAACGGUGUCGUCAGGUUUCUACUAAUCAAAGAGAGAGAUUUGCAAUGUUCGUGGAGAGGCUUGAUCAGUCUAGCGGCAAAAUCAGAGUAGAAGAACUAUGGUGGAGAUGGAAGAUCUUGGUGUCUCAGUUCUUCAAGAUCUUAUAAUAACCUCCACACAGGCAUUGAUGUCUAUGUAAAGAUCAUAAAGAACAGCAAAGAAUUUUUCAGUAUGUCAGUCAGCAUGAUCCCGCUGACAAUACCAUCUCUUUCGAUUGUAUGACUUAUUCUUUCGGGUUGUGGAGGUUCCUAAUGUGUCCUUGGGAUGACAUUGGAGGCCUUGAGAAUGUCAAGAGAGAGCUCCAGGAGACUGUUCAAUACCCUGUGGAGCACCCAGUGAAGUUUGAGAAAUUUGGUAUGUCUCCAUCAAAGGGAGUUCUAUUCUACGGUCCUCCUUUUGGCCAAAGCUAUAGCCAACGAAUGCCAAGCAAACUUUAUCAGUGUCAAAGGUCCGAGCUUCUCACUAUGUGGUUUGGAGAGAGUGAAGUCAAUGUCCGUGAAAUCUUUGAAAAGGCUCGUCAGUCUGCUCCAUGCGUUCUCUUCUUUGAUGAGCUCUACUCCAUUGCGACUCAGAGAGGAGGUGGAGGCGGAGGUGAUACUGGCGGGGCAGCGGAUAGAGUCUUGAACCAGCUUUUGACGGAGAUGACGGAAUGAACGCCAAGAAGAUUGUCUUCAUCAUUGGAGCAACCAACAGACCCAACAUUGUAAGAGUAUAGUUUAGGCAACUGCGAUUGUGUCGUAGAGUUAAAAAGGAAAAUCAUGUACCAUUUUGUAACUUCGACCCACCCUUACAUGCAAUAGCCUUGUGAUUAAGACCUGGGAAAUACUUGCUCAGAUGCAGAGUUCGGUCUCACUCCUUUUCGUUACAUACAUUUGGUAGGCCAUUCACAGAGACGGCUUUAAUCUAA